CGGGAUGGCACUGUCGUAAAAUUAGAAGUUUUCAAUAUAUUUAAUUUGCGAAAUUUCUACAAAUAGUUUAACAAUAUGCAUCUUGACUACCAAUAUUGGAUAAUCCUUGUGACUAUCGAUGAAUGAAUUUAUUUACGAUAGUGGCCAAAGACGAUAAAUUCUUUAGUUGGAAUCGCAAUGUUUCUGUGUGCGUAAAUAAUUGUAAGAAAAAAAUUGUUUGCUCAAUUUUAAGCGCUAGAAAAUCCCAAAUAGUUGCUCAUUAAACAAAUGUUUGAUAGCACUACAACGCGAGCUCUGUUUAUAUUCGUCGUACAAAUAAAAAAUGCAAACUUUUUGUGAAUAGUUAAAAUUCAAUAGUUUUGAAAGUGCUGCAAAUUGUCAAUAGUUUGACAAGCACUGCGGUUCGAAAAACAGUUUCAGACGCCGUCGUCAUGUUGAUGCGAACCGAUUACAAUAGCUUAUUCGAAAAAACAUAUCGAUAGGUUUGCGUAAGCGCAGCCAACUUAACAUAAUAUGUAGUUGCGAAGAAGUAGAAAAAUCGUAUAUAUGAACAAGGAGUAAAAGUCGAAAAUAAACAUAGAAUACAUGCAAAUGCACGAUUAUAAUACGCGAAACAAGUGGAGCCAAUCAAGCGGAAAAUUGUAAAUAAAUUUAAAGUCAUUAAAAAGCAAACACACAACCACAACAGCAGCAUUUACGGCGUUGCAUCAGCAUGUCGGAUUCCGGCGACUGCAGCGAUGCAGAAGAGAUGAAUCAGCCGUCUUGCAGCAGGAAUAAUAAUAAUAAUAAUGCGUCGAACGAGCGCGAGAAACGUAAUCGACGCAUCAUCAUGCGCAUCGAAGUGAACGAUGCCGAUGACACGGACUCCUUCUCGAGCAACAGUGACAGUGAAACCACUAGCAACUCCCCUUCUCCCUCUGCUGCUGCCCCAUCCGUGAGCGUCGAUGUUGUUGACCUUGCGUCGCGGCCAUCAUGCGCAUCAAUGUAUCAACAGCAGCAGCAACGUCGCAGCAAUCGGUUGAACGCUCGGGAGGAUGUCACUUCCAAUGGGGCGACGAGAAGAUCGGCGCGACAAGUAAGACGACGUCGCCAGUUAGACAACGAUGAUGCGCAGAAUGGCGUCUCUAGCGGCAGCGAAAUUGAAGAGCGCAACACGCGAACGCGCCGCUUGAGAGUCAACGUAUCGGAGGACGAAGCCCAAAGCGAUACAAAGAAGUCAAGAACAACAGCAGCGGAAGAUCUCGAUGCCGGUGCCAAUUCGGAUAGCAGCAACAGCAGCAGCAAUGAGCUGCUCGAGAAAUGCCCCAUCUGCCUGCUCACAUUUCGCCAGCAGGAGAUCGGCAAACCGGGCACUUGCGAGCACUUGUAUUGCGCCGUCUGUAUCGAGGCGUGGGCUAAGAAUGUCAAGACCUGCCCCAUUGACCGCAUCGAAUUCGAUCGCAUCAUUGUGCUCGACAAUUACGAGCGUCGUCAAGUGGUGCGCGAGAUACGCGUCGAUUUAACAAGUUCACACAAAGAGCUUAUUCUCGACGAGGACGAUGAGGAUGGCGCUGCCGCUGAUGGGGGUGAGGAGGUCACAAAUUGUGAGAUAUGCAAUCGGCCGGAUCGUGAAGAUAUUAUGCUGUUGUGCGACAGUUGUAAUCAGGGAUAUCACAUGGAUUGCUUGGAUCCGCCGCUAUUCCUAAUACCCGAAGGUUCCUGGUACUGUGACAACUGCAUUGACUCCCAGGACGAGAACGAUGACGAAGCGCUCGAGUUGGCUGAGGAUCUGCACACACUAUACGAGGACUUGCGUGGCAUGGGGCUGCCCGACACACGGUUGCGUGUGCGUCAAGUGCAACAACCGCGCAUAUUGCGCACACGGCAGAACGAACGCAUUCGCGCCGCCGUCUUGCGGCACACACGCACCAGCUCCUCCAACACCUCCACCACGACCACAACAACGACGACCACAAGACGCAAUCGCAGCAGCACGACAACGCGCACCACACGCACGACUAGCAGCAGCACCACAACGCGCACCAGACGUGGCACACAGCAAAGACGCUCGCGACGACGCACACGACAUCGGACCUUCGUGGUGGAGUAUGAUCUCAACAAUUUCGAUGAGAAGUUUGCGACCAAGACGAGCAAAAAGGUCAUACGACGUCGCCGCAAACGCAAAUCCACGCGACGCAGUCGCUCCACAGCAGCAGCUGCUGCCAGCGAUGGAGUGCGAAUGACGGCCAGCAGACGGCUGGCGGAGCAGUUGGGUGUUAAGCUGGACGCGGCUCAUGGCUCGCAUUUGGGUGGUGGCAAUGCCUCGAGCUUUUCGCUCUUUGGCGGGGCCAACGAUUUGGAAUACUUUUCGGACAGUGACGAGGGAGCCGUCGGCGGCAAUUUGGCAAGUGGCGGCGGAGGCGCAGCAACUGCUGUGCAAUCUGUGGGACGUAUUGCUGGCUUGGGCUCGCAACGCAAUCGUAAAGCUUUGCUGAUGGGAAAAUCCCGAACAUCGACGGCGACAGCAACGGCUGCAGCUGGCGAUGUGCUGAGCAGUAUUUUGGAUAUGCAGGAUCGUUGGCAUGGCGCCACACGCAAUCUGAGCAAGGUGCACAUCAAUGCCGAUGGCAGUCUCAAUCUGCCGCCACAGCGCAACACCUCAGCAACGGUGGCGAGUAAAGCCAGCAGCAGCGAGAUUACAGAGGCGCCGCUGUAUCAACGCGGCGGCGCUGGACCUAAUUUCGGACGAGGCGGUGGAGGAGGUGGCAACUACAAUAAUCGCUACAGUGGCGGCGGUGGUAACAACAAUAGAAACAAUUAUCAAGGUGGUGGUGGAGGAGGAGGUGGCGGAAGUGGAGGAAAUGCAGCAAGUGGCAAUCAGUAUCAGCGGCACUCUGGCGAUAACAGCUCCAAUAAUGCCUCCUCAACCGGUAACACAAACUUUACGCCCUUCAACAUACGCUUUAACACGCCCAACCAACAGCAGCAACAAAAUCAACAACAGCAGCAACAACAACAGCAGCAGCAACAGCAACGUAAUCAGCCUGCAACCCGCCAAUCCCCGUUUAACUCGACCGCCAGCUCAGUGCACAGCAGCUUCCCACAGCAGCCACAACGUCAGCCACUCUUCGGUGGUCUGCCGGCGCCCAUAAAUGCGCCAGUGUCGCUGGCGCCCCGCAUCUCGAUGCCAGCGGUGUUAUCGGUGCCACCGCCACCGGCGCCGCCGCCCAAUCUCUCCUGGAACAGUUCGCUGUUUAAAUUGAAUGCGGACUAUGCGAACAAAACUACAGCGGAUAAGGACGACGAGGAUGACGACGACAACUGUCCAAAUUUCUCGAUAUAUUCGCAAGAAUCGCAAGCAGUCGCUACGGAAAUGUUUGCACCACAAACGGCUGCGAAAAGCGCCGACAAGGAUGACGACGAAAUGAAUGAAGAUUUAGUUCAAUUAGACGAUGACGAUGACAUACCACUGCCUCCCGAGCCGCCAGCGCAAGUCGAUAAACCCGCCACUGCAAGUGGAAACGACACCGCUGGCAGCGAUCUCUACGAGCCAGAGAAUCCCACAGAUGAGCCCGAUGACGAUGACGCCGACGAGCGCAAUGAUGAUGAACAGCAGGGUGCUGUUGCUGCCAAAGAGGCAGACAAAGGUGAAAAAGGUGACAACGAGGCAAUGACUGCAGCUGCCAAAGAAACCGCCGCCACGGCCGCUGAUGAUGAUGAUCAGACGAAGACGCGCAGUACGCCAAGUCCCACGCCCAAGGAUGCACGCACUGCGGAUCGAGGUAAAGGCGUCUUGGAGCUGUACGAUGAUAGCGAUUGGGAGGAACUCGAGAUCGAUAGACCUAAGGAGUUUGAAAAGGCGCUCGCUGAGGAGUCAACAACUCCAAAGCGACCAGCGAACGAACCUGCUGCCAAUGAAGAAGAUACUGCGGCUGGAGGUGCAGCCGCAUCAACAUCAGCGAAGAAUUCAAGCAGCGAAUCUGAUCCCGAUCGUUCCUAUACACCGUGUCUGGAUGAGAAGACGCUGGAAGAAGAGGCAGCUGCCGCAGGGCAGCCGCAAGAAAAGCGCGACGAGAGUCAGCAAGCCGAUGCUAAGAAGAGUGAUGCGAAAAAGUCCUUGGCGGACAAGGAUAAAGAGAAGGAAAAGGACGCCGAUGAGCAGCAGAAGCGUGCCGAUGGCAUUGGCGCCGAACUCAUCUCCGAGGACGAGAACUUGACGAACGAGCAUGAAGCCAAACGACGCAGUCGCAGUCGAAGUCGCAGCAGGAGUCGCAGUCGGCACCGCGGCAAUGACGCCUCGAAAUCGAAGCGCAGCUCAAAGCGCGGUGGCAAGGAGAAUGCCGAGACAUUCAAAAAGGUAGGCAAGCGGCGAAAGGAUCGCAACUAUCGUGGCGACAAGCAGCAGGAUCGCAGCCGCUCCCGCCGACGCUCGGGCGGCUCACGCAGCUGCAGUCGCAGCCGCAGUCGAACGCCUCGCAGCCGAUCGCCGCGCAGUCGCAGUCCACAGCAGCACCAACGUAGUCGCAGUCUCAGCAAGCGUCGACGCCACAGUCGCUCUAAGUCGUACUCGCGCUCCCGCAGCAACUCGGGUGGACGACAGCGAUCCACGUACCGUGGACGUGACUUUGCCACCCGUGGUGGCGGAUUUGUGCGCGGUCGUGGUGGUGCGCGUUACAGCUAUCGCAAUCAGCCGUAUCAGAGUCGCAGCAGCUAUCAGCAAUCCUCCUAUUCACAGCAGCCACAGUCGCAGUCCUAUUCGCAAUCCUACUCCAAUCAGGGACAGCAACAGGGUCAAUACAGCAACUCCCAACAGCAGCAGCAGCAGUACUAUCAGCGUCCCAAGCGCCGCGAGCUGCCGCGCUACGAUGUGCGCAACGUGGUCAGCGCCUCGCGUCACCAGCAAAAGGAUCGCUAUGGACGCGAUGCGACGCGUGGCGCACGCAGUCGCUCCCUGAGCUUUGAGCGUCGCCAGGCAUCGCGCAGUUACUCGCGCAGCUCGUCGCGCUCGCCCAGCGUACGCUCUGCAUCUCCAAAACGUUUCCGCAGUUUCAGCAUAUCGCCCUCUCCUCCCGCCGCUGGUUUAGCUGGCCAUCAUCAUCCGCAUCAGCAUCAUCACCAGGAGGCGGGCAUGCGCCGUCGCUCCGUAUCGCCCAUUGGGCGACGCUUUAAUCGUUCGCCAUCGACGUCGCAACCACCGGCUUUAGCCAUGCACCAGCUGCAUCCACGCAGCAACAGCGGCAUCUCAUUGCGCUCACGUUCACGAACGCCAGCACGCAUAAAUGGUGGACGCAAUCUGUCGGGCGGUGGCGCAGUGGGCGGGGGCAAGCAUUCGCCGGCGUAUUCGCCUCGGUAUACGCCGCGCUUGAGUCGCAGUCGCAGUCGCUCAAAGUCGCCGCGCAAGAAGAAGAAAAAGAAGGGCGACAAGAAGAAGAAGAGCAAGAAGCGUGCCGCCAGCAGCAGCCCGGUGGGACGCCAUCGUCGCAUCUCACGGCAGCGUGAUCCCUUCGACGAUGACGACGACGAUUUCCUCGCACCGCAGUUAAGCAAGAAAUCAAAGAAAUCGCUGGUGGGCAUGGGCGCAACACACUGGUCGCCAUCGCCUACGCCCAGUUUAUCGGGAGAGCCGCAUAUGAAUUUCAUGGGCGACAAGCCCGGCUCGUGGACACCGCCAUUGGGAACGCCAAGAGGCGGCGCACCUGGAGCUCACUAUGGAGCGGAGAUCUCGUCGCGACGCAGCUUGACGCCCGUGCUGGGCAAGAAGGUGAAGACGAAGCGCGGGGACAAGAGCAAGAAGAAAAAGAAGCCGUUGGAGAAGCGCAAGGAGAAGAAACGCAAGCGCCACACAAUGACACCUGAACCGAUGCCAUCAAAGGAGGUCUUUGCCUCGGGCAACAACAUACUCGUUAGUGUUAGCUUCAACAAGGAGGCGACGAACAGCAAUACUGCCUUGGCUGGCACGGCACAACAGCAGCCACAACAGACGGUGGUUACACUGCCACCGACACGGGAUGAGUUCCUCAUUAAUCGGCGCACCAGCAUCGAUCGCCUCAACACCAACAACAGCAGCAGCAACAACAACAGCAGCAGUGCGAGCAAUAGCAAAAAAUCGAAACGCAAACGCAAGAAACUCGAUGCGAAACCGGUGGCCAUCAUCGAUCUGGAGCGUUCGCCAUUCCAAGUGCAUCAGGAGCCCGCCGACGUUAUUGUGCUCACUGACAGCGAGGAUGCCAACGAUACGCAGCUGCACUUGCGACGCGAGCGACGACGCAGCAGCGCCGCCUCGACGGCAACUGAUCAGCAUCAGUUGAUGCGCGAGAACGGGCAGCUUGAGAAGACGCCGCCAGCGGAUUGCCUGGAGACCAUCAUGGAGACGUCGUACGAAACGUUGACGCAGACAACGGGACCAAAGACGCCGCCGGAACCGCAUCUGGUCAAGUUCAAUUUACCCGCCAAAAAGCAGCACAAGGUGCGCAACAAUCCGUUGCAUGACGAUGCCGACGAUAUACACUCGGCCGAUGACAUGGACACCGGCUGUUCCAUGCGGAAUGCCGUCGACAGCGAACCCCAGCAGCCGCAUGUCAACGAUGGCCUAAUCUCAGCGCAAAAAAUUGGGCCCAAUACGCCGCCAGAGUCGGGCCCCUGUUCGCCAGAUGCCUACGAUCCGUUUGAGCCGACAAAAUCGCCAUCGUUGUCGCCACGUUCGCCAACGCCGACGCCAGCGCAAAGUCUCGAGCCGUUGGGCGGUGCUGGCAGCAGUGCCAGUGGGGACAAGAUCGAGGCACAGCAGCAACAACAGCAGCAGAAGCACAACAACAGCGAUGAGCUGGAUGUGAGUGUAAGCAACACAUCGAAUUUGUCCAGCGCCAGCAAUCCGAGCAAUACGCAAGCGAAUGCGAAUUCGAGUGGUGUCAUCAAUCCCGUCGAUCUGGUGAUGGCGCUGAUGAGCAAACCGAACAGCGGCAGCCUGCAGCAGGAGUUGGGCAACAAGUCCUGCGAUGUUAGCGCCUCUGUUGCCUCCACUCAGUAUCUCAACAGCACCACGCUGAGCAACACGUUGGCGGUAUCGUCGUCCGCGUGUGUGGCUGCUGAUGACAAACCACCUGCGGAUAACUCAAACACCAUCACUGUGCUCUCGAAUGUGCUGCUUUCAAGCAGCACCGUUGUGUCCUCCUCAUCCUCCGCGCAGCAUAUACCCGUCAUAUCAAGUCCACCAGCGAGCACGCUCAGCCGCAAGCUGCCCAAGACGGCCGGCGGCAGCGUGGCCAGCAGCAGCAGCGGCAUGGCAACGAGUAGCGCCACAUUGCGCAACGGCAACACGGCUGCAACUGGUGGAGGUGGCGCAGCUGGAUUGGAUGACUCUUUCAACAUGGACAUUGAGAGUCCUUACUCACCGGGCUCCGCAGACUAUGAGGAUUUGUUUGAGCCGCCUCCAGAUAGUAAUGCUGCGGGCGCCAUCAGGCGCUCCAAGGGCAGCGGCAAAGCGGAGAUGUUCGACAAUCUGUUUGGCAGCAGUUCGCCUGUGGGACAAACGCGACACUCGUCGCGUUUCAAUAAUGCUGGUGGCCGAAAGCAGCAGCGAGGCAACAACAGCAAAGCCGAGCGUAAAUCGAAAGCUAAAGGCGGCAAAGCGACUGAGGACCAUGGCAAACUAUACGAUGACGUGCCCAGUUCAGCCGUAGAUUUGCAAAACAAGGAUAGGUUUUUGUGCAAGUUGAAUCGCCAAGAACGCGUUGUGGAGGAAGUGAAACUGGUAUUAAAACCGCAUUUCAACAAAAAGGUGAUUACAAAGGAGGAUUACAAGGAUAUUAUGCGACGCGCUGUACCCAAAAUUUGUCACAGUCGCUCUGGUGAAAUCAAUCCACAUAAAAUCAAAAAUCUAAUUGAUGCGUAUGUCAAGAAAUUCCGCGCUAAGCACAAGAAGUUGAGUGUGCUGAAUACGGGACAAGUGAGCAGCGCCGUUAAGUGUGCCGCAUAUUUAAAGAAGCUAUAAGCAAACGAAGGGCGAAGGUGGGGGGCGCGUUUUCUUAACAAAUCACGCAACAUCGUUUAACGGCCGCAUGCAUUCCUACGCCUCUAUCAAUCACAUCAAUCGCCACCCGUAAGCGCAAAUACAUAGAAAACAGAUACAGAAAAGAAGAAUUGUCUUUGCUAUUGAAGUUUAGUUCUUAAGUCAAUUUUAGGUUACAUUACGAAUGAUUUUAGUAUUUAAGCCAAUUCAGAAGUGAAAAUAGGUCAUAAGCAGUAAAAGUCUUUAUCAACUCCCUUCUCCUUCUUUGCUUUUUUCGUUUCUUUUAGCCCACCAGAAUUACGCAAACAGUUCAAUUAAAUAUAACUCAUGGAAAUUAGUUGAUUAGUUUUGUUUAUUCAUAUAUGGCUUUUAUAAUGAUUAUAAUACUGUUUUGCAAGAAUGAAGAAAUGUAAGUAGAAGUUAGGCUGGCGGGCAAAACAAAAUACACAAUGUAUUUUAGCUCUGAUAAGUUAAUCAAAUCGAUUACAAUUAAAUUAUUACUUCACCCAAUACAUACAUAUGUCUCGCCACACACUCACACACCUUCACCUAUGUAUGCUUUAGUUGAGAUGCAGCAGAUGAUAUUUUAACAUAUUACAUUUAUUAUUAUCUCUAUUGACCAAUUUUGAAAUUUGUGUUAAAUAUUUUACGCAUAACUACCGUCAACUCCUCAAGUAGAUGACAUACUUAGGUGUAUUUUAUUCGCAACGGAAUAAUAAAUGUAUAUUGUUCAACCAACCAAUAUGAAUGUAAUUAUGUAUCCAGCAUAAAUGUAUAUUAUAAUAUCUAUAUUGAUUUAAUAUAUAAUAU